AUGAAGCGUCAAGAGAGGAGACUACCUGUAGCUCUGCUCCUUCUUUUUGUCCUCUGUGUCUCCCCUCAAAAGACAACAGUCUCCUGGUGUGUGGUGUCUGAUGCCGAGGAGCAGAAGUGUUUGAACAUGGCCGCCAACGCCACAGCUCGGAAUAUCAGGGGAACGCUGCUUUGCGUCCGCGGCCACAAUCCCAGAGACUGCAUGGUCAAAAUCAAGAAUGGGACAGCAGAUGCAGCAUCCAUGUUUGCAGAUGACAUUUAUGCUGCUGGGCUCUGCCAUGGUCUGGACGUGGCUGCAGGAGAGUCUUACAACGGAGUGGAUGGUAUCAGCUACUAUGUGGUGGCGAUGGCGCGUCGCUCCACCGCAGAACUGUCCCUGCUGGAGAUGCACGAACGCAGCUCCUGUCACCCUGGAAUACGCACCACGGUGGGAUGGACUGUUCCGAUUGGCUACUUGGUCAAUACUUCCCAGAUCAGUGUUGGAGAGCAGUGCAACUUCCCCAGAGUGGUCGGCGAUUUCUUUGGUUACAGCUGUGUGCCAGGGGUCAAGGACCCUGAGCAUGACCCCAGAGGCAACAAUCCAAGGAACCUGUGUGAGGCCUGCAUCGGAGAUGACAACGACAGGCAUAUUUGUGCCAACAACCCCAGGGAGAGGCACUACGGAGAGGCAGGAGCACUGAGAUGUGUGGCUGAGAACCUGGGCGACGUGGCCUUUGUCAAACACACAACAGUCUUUGAGAAUAUGGAUGGUAAGAACCAGGAGUCGUGGGCUCUGGAUCUGGAGCUGGAGGACCUGAAACUGUUGUGCCCCGAUGGAACCGAGGCAUUCCUGCACGAGCAUGAACGAUGCCACCUGGCAGCGGUCCCUGCUAAUGCUGUGGUGGUACGCACAGAGGACAAAUGCAGGGUCUGGAAAUACCUGGAGCGCUUACAGAAUGUGUUUGGCAAUGCUACGGAGGGUUUCAACAUGUUCAGCUCAGCGGGCUACGGCGAAUCAAAUCUGCUCUUCAGUGAUUCCACCCGCCACCUGCACAGGAUUCUGGGUAACUACAUCUCAUGGCUGGGCCCCACUUACACCACCAUGCUGCAGGCCUUCGAGUGUGAGGGCUUCUGCUGA